GCCUGUGCGCCAACAAUUUUUGACAAUUUUCACAAUCCGGUGUCUUCAGUACAGUACGUUGUUAUCAUUAACUCGCAAAGUCGCAGCAACUUUUUUUUGUUUUUAUUUAACUUCAAAUGUAUCCAGUUGCCAGUCUCGCAAGAGUUUUCAACAAAACCACAUUAAUUCGCAGCACUUUACGGACAUUUUCAACCAGCAAAAUGGUCUUGAUCAAGGAAGGAGAUAAGGUUCCCUCAAUCGAUCUUUUCGAGGACUCUCCCGCAAAUAAAGUCAAUUUAGCUGAUUUGUGUGCCAAUAAGAAGGUUAUUUUGUUUGCCGUGCCCGGAGCUUUCACUCCUGGAUGCUCAAAGACCCAUUUACCCGGCUACGUCGAAAAAGCUGACGAAUUGAAGAAUGCUGGUGUCGCUGAAAUCGUUUGCGUUUCCGUCAACGAUCCUUUCGUCAUGUCGGCAUGGGGAAAAGCUCAUAAUACUGCCGGAAAAGUUCGUAUGCUUGCCGAUCCGAAUGCCACAUUCACAAAAACGGUCGAUUUGACGGUUGAUUUGCCCCCAUUGGGAGGUGUUCGCUCCAAACGCUACUCCAUGGUCAUCGAUAAUGGUACCGUGACAUCGUUGAAUGUCGAACCCGAUGGCACAGGCCUCAGUUGCUCAUUGGCGGACCGCGUUAAGGUCUAAGGUGAAUGCGAAAAGUCGCAGAAAAAGUCAAUUUAGAUGAAAAUAGUCACCUAAUAUUCUAAAAAAAUUGAAAUAUCACUCACUCACGAACUAUUUUUUAAUAAGAAUCGCAAUUAAAUGUCAAAAUUCUUCCAAAAAAAAAAAUGCAAAAAUGUUCCUUAUAGACAUUCCCCCAAAUGCAAUACAACUUGCCUUUUUCGCGUUUCUCGAAUUUUUUCCCACAUUUUUCAAAAAAAUAUUGCUUGAAAAAUUUAUUUGUUAAGAAAAUGAAAGAGUAACAAUAAAAAAAGUCAUUCACCA